AUGGAGGGGGUGCGGGUCGGCCGACCGGAGAGGACGGCCGACCUGCGCCUCCACAAUUUGGACGACGCGGCGACGACGGAGGAGGUGGCGACCAACCUGGCUAGGGUGACAGCCAAUUUCAGGGUGGGGCCCUUGAGAAGGGCCUCCAACGGCCUGAAUGCAGUUUGGGUCCGAUGCCCGCUGAGAUUGGCGCAGACGCUGGCGAAGGAGGGAACGGUGGUGAGGAUUGGCUGGACCAGGGUGAGGGUAGAGGUCCUGGAACCUCGCCCCACCCAAUGCUAUAGGUGCCUGGAGAUGGGGCAUGUCAGAGUCCAGUGCAAGGUGGACAGGAGCGCCCUGUGCUACCGGUGCGGGGGCCCUGGUCACAUUGCCGGGGGCUGCGUGGCUGAUCCGCGCUGCCCCCCCCAGCGGGAGAAGAGGAAGAGACCCGUCCGAAAGGAAGGUGAGGAGGAGACAUCCCCAAUCUCCGAGGCCAAUCGUGGGCCUAAAGAGAGGGAAGAGGAGCUGUCGCAGCCGGAGCAACACCAGGAGCCACAACCGGACCCAGCCCCUGAAACGGAGACGGAGGACACCGUGGUGAUGGAGACAGCAUCGGGGGAUGCAGCACCGUCAAGUUAA